AUGUUCACCAGCAGCCAGCUCCGCUCCCCAACCGGGGUUGUCCGUCAGGACAACUUUCGAGCUAUCGUCGAGAUCGCCAUCUUCCAAGAAGGGAGCUUUUCGCCACAAAUGGAUCCCCAUUUGCCUCUGCCGUCAGCAGCUGUGCGCCCUCCCCUGCAAUCAGUGGUCUUGCCUCCGGGGGCUGCAGUCAACUAUCCUGCCGUAGGCGCGCACGCAGCAUCAAUUCCCCUUAGCAGCCCCCAAGUCCAGCAGCAGGGAGGCAUCACGAUUGGCAAGAUCCUGUUCGACAGCAAGGACAAGCCAAAAGACGAUGGUCCACCUCGGAAGCGGGGUUUUAGCGAGCGGCCCCCAGAAGAGCGGUCGCCUCUGCCUCAUGAGAGGAGGGUCUCAAGGGACCGGCCAAAGAAGAGGGUGCGCGAACGGGAUCAGGACCUUGACUCAUCAGAUUCUGAAGAUGUUGAAGCAGAAAAGGAAAGGGAACGGGAGAGAGUCGAGAGGGAGGCGAGAAGGAAACAGCUUGAAGAGGAGCGAAGGGCCGCUGAGGAGAAGCGCCACCAGGAGGAGGAGGCGAAGCGGCUGGAGCGGGAAAGGCUAGAAAGGGAGGCGCAGGAGAAGAUCGUGCCGACCCAGACCAUUGUGGUCAAGAGCAUCUCCACCAGGGCAACAGAGGAGGAUGUUGCUCGCUGCCUGGCGGACUGGGGCCCCCUUCCCGUCUCAUCUGUCCGCAUCAUCAAGGAUAAGUUCACGAAGAUGUCCAGGGGCUUCGCCUUCGUGGACUUUCCAUCUGUGAAAGCCGCGAAGAAGCUCAUGGAGGACACCAAGACCCAAAAGCUUCUCCUUGAUGGCCGCAAACUACAUUUUGAGUAUACGCGCCCGAGUGAGAAGACGGAGGAGGAGCAGCAGGACUGGGUUUGCUCUGGCUGUAGCUCGGUCAACUUCGCACGCCGCAGCACGUGCUUCAAGUGUUUGGCCGUUCGAACAGCAGACGCCAAGAUUGCUGAGCCGGGAGCCGCUGAAGCGUCGUUCCAGAAGCAGCUCGACGAGGAGAAGACGGACAAUCUGAUUGUGCGGGGGCUCGAGCCGGACGUCGAUGAAGCUGCGCUGCACUACACGUUCGCCAAGUUCGGGCCGAUCAAGGAGCUGAAAGUCAUCCGUGACCGGAACACGCUGGUUUCCAGGGGCUUUGCGUUCGUGCACUUUAACACCGUCGAAGAAGCGAAGGCCGCUCUCGUCGCCACCAACAAUACCCGCCUUGACAAGACCAGCGCAACCAUCCUCCGGGUCGCUUUCGCUCGACCCCAGCCGCAGCGCCAGGUUCCGUCCUUCCCUAUCACCACCGCCCUCCCUGGUGUGAACGCCCUCGCUGGUGCCACCUGGCAGCCCAAGGAGUUCAGUGGGAAAAGGCCGGAGCCGCAAGUGGUCUCCACGUGGGAGCCCAAGGAGUUUGGCAUGAGCGACGAGGAGCGCCAGGCGAAGGAGGAGCAAGCCGCGGCCGUGGUGUCGGCACCCGCGGUCGUGCUAACCCAGCCGCAAACCGAGCCGCAGACCCAGGCGCAAACCGAGAAUCGAUCUGAAGCGCAAACCCAGGCGCAAAUCCCGGCGCAAAUCCAGCCGCAAACCCAAGUUACUACCCAGCAUGCGGCGGCCCCAGGAAAAGGGGGGAUGGAGAGCCUCGCUGCGCAGAUGCAGGGCGGUGCAAAGCCUGCGGCUGCGGCGAACCAGGGGCAGCUAGAGAAAGCGGCUUCUGCGGCGGAACCGUCUGCGGGGUUCGUUUGGGAUGACGCGUCCGGGUACUACUACAAUGCUGCGAGUGGGUAUUACUACGACGGACACAGAGGGUUGUACUACAACGGGCACACCAAGGUCUGGUACACUUUUGACACCGCCACCCAGAAGUAUAAUGAGGUCCAGCCAGACGCUGCCGCAAGCGCCGCCCCGCAGACAGCCGCUCCAGCAGCCACAACCGGAUGGACUCAGCAGCAGCAGCAGCAGCAGGUACCGGCUCAGCAGUCUACGGCCGCUUCGGCGCAGCCUGCCACGUCAUCAUUGCAAUCGUACUCGCAGCAGGCCCCGACUUUUUCCCAGCCACAGCAAGCCUAUAACCCCCAGCAAAGCCAGCAGCCAUCGUCCAAUUACAACCAGGGCCCGUCCGCUUAUAAUCAAGGUCCGUCCGCAUAUGGCCAGGGUUUGUCUGCUUAUGGCGCCACCUCAACCCCCCAGAACUUCAACCAAGCAGCCUCUUUCGGGGGCCCACAGUACGCCCCGAGCAACCAGUUUCCUCCUUUGGCACAACAAAACAUGCCGUCGGGCGGGCAGAUGGGUUAUAAUAACCAGCCAUCCUCUUAUGGGCAGCCCGGUUGGCGCCCUCAGAACUUCCCCCCGGCUCAGAAUUCGCAGAACCCCCAGGGUCAGCAGUUUCCGCAAAACCCCCAGCAGCAGUUCGGCGGCUCGGAGUCGCUGGGCAGGGGGGGUUUCGUUCUCGGGGGCCCGGGGGGUCUGGGUACGGACGUCGCAGCGGGCUUUGGAAAUGGGGGUAUGGAUAGAAUGGGGGGGGCAGAUGGGUACCGGGACAGUGCGGCCGAGCGCCGGGGGCUAUAUGGAGGGCCCCUGCCUAUGAACAGGAAUGACGGGGGUGUAGAGAACGGGGGGUAUGGUCGGCAGGGAGCGGUCCCAGAGGACGACCCCCCCGUCGCGUUUGAGAGGGUGGAUCAAACUAGAGCCCUGGGGGAUACUAACGUGGGGAACAGGAUGCUGCGCAACAUGGGGUGGCAGGAAGGGCAGGGCCUUGGAAGGGGCGGCGGAGGGAUGGUCGAACCGAUUAAGGCCGAACGGACGACGGAGCGAGCGGGUCUAGGGGUGGAAGUCCCGAAGGUGGACCCCCGGUUUGAGAUCCUCCCCGGCGACUCUUACAAAGUUCAGAUGCAGAAGAAAGCUCAGCAGCGCUUCCUUAUGGAGCAGCAGAGAGGAACGUUUUAGGGUGAAGUCAUGCAGCCGCAUAACUUUGAGUUCCCGGAGCUUACAAGAUCAUGAUGGAAACGAAAAUACAGUCGAAGAAUUCAACACUGAAGGAUUAUGCUACGACGACGUGAUCUGAAGUCAAAUCUCACUUUGGGCACCGGCCUUGUGGAAGCGCACGUACUCGAAACGGG